CAACACCGUGUCAACUCUUAUCAGUACAACACAGCCCCUCACCCACCAACAAACAACUCCAAAUCACAGACAAAAUGAUCAAACUUGUCGCUUUCGACCUCGAUGGUACUCUCGCAGAGAGCAAGCAGGCAAUUCUUGACUCAAUGGGCGAGGCCCUCGCCGAUCUUUUGACCGUCGCCCACGUCGCAGUCAUUUCGGGCGGUGAUUGGCCUCAAUUCCUGAAACAGGUCGCAAGCCGUCUUCCUGCGCGAGCUGACCUUUCCAAACUCUGGCUCAUGCCUACCACCGGCACAAAGCUCUACACUCACAAGGGCGAUAAGUGGAAGGUGGAGUAUGCGGAAUUGUUCAGCGAGGAGCAGAGGAAGAACAUCAUCGAAGCUUUCAACGCUGCCCUCGACGCAACGGGUUUUCAGCCAGAGCAGACUUGGGGUGAGCGCAUUGAAGAUCGAGGCAGCCAGAUCACCUUUUCUGCCCUCGGUCAGCAAGCGCCUCCGUCGGCAAAGGAGGUUUGGGAUCCUGACUUUGAGAAGAGAAAGAUUAUCCAAGCAGAUUUGUAUAAGCGACUCCCAGACUUGUCGAUCAACAUGGGCGGAGCGACUUCAAUCGACAUCACGCAGAAGGGUGUUGACAAGGGCUACGGACUGAAGAAGCUCUCGGCGGCGAGUGGAAUUCCUUUGGAGCAGAUCAUGUUUAUCGGAGAUGCCAUCUUUCCGGGUGGAAAUGAUUACCCUGCUAAGGAAUUGGGGCUGCACACCGUGCGAGUGAAGAACCCAGAUGGGACCUUGGCUGCUAUUGCCGGCAUCGUUGCGUGUUUGAGCGAGACUGGGCCUUUGCAUUGAUGCGAAACUCCAAUCAAUAGCACUUCACGCCUCUGAAGGGAGUAACCGGUUGCUUUUUUUGAGGGAGGCGAGCAGAAAAACAUCGUUCAUGUUGGGAGGAAAGCAGAGAAGGUGACAACAAACGACGGAUCCUCCAAGCCAUGAGAAUGCAAUAUCACAGUUGAUGUAAGGCAAUUGACCGUCGUACCCAAUCUGCAACUCGUCAUUGAAUUCGUAUGUUCAUAUGACUUAACAUGAAUCUUAAUCAAUCUGUCAG